AUGCUGCGGGUUCGGAGCUGUGGCGGCCAGACAAUCUGCGCCAUCGACCCCGCCACCCGCACGAAGAAACGCGACCUCAUCCUCGACGACCUAGCACGCACCGUGAGCAUCCAUCUACGCACCCCAGCAGACCGCAUCAGCAUUCACUACGCCGAUGGGCGAGGGCCCCUGAGCCCAACCACGACAUGGGCCGACUGCACGGACCUCACCGUACUAGGAGAUAUGGAACUACUCGCCGUCGCUCGACAUUUCCAAGCAGGCGGAGACGAGAAGCUAGCCGUCGCCAUAGAACUGGAAAGGCACGCCGACGUCUGCAGUCUGCUGGACAGCCUCGUGGAUCCCAACAUUGCCAUCGCCGAAUGCAAAGACAGCCAGCCCUGCAGUCCCCUGUGCUUUGCGGCGUACACCAACUUCGAGCAUGUGCAGAUUGCGGAGACGCUCGUCGCAGCCCAGGCCAAUGUCGACGGCAAACACUUCGCCAUCAGCCCUCUGCUGGCAGCAUGCGAAAGUCGAAACACGAGAAUGGCCACCUUCCUCAUCCGAGCCCGGGCAGACGUGGAUCGACAAUCGUGGACCAUGGAAUCCCCACUGCUUGUUGCAGUGUCAAUGAAUUCGGCACCGCUAGUACGCCUACUCCUUCGACAUCGUGCAAGCAUCAAUCAACAGGAUCGCUACCAGCGCGGUCCCAUGGAGCGCGCCUUUGAGCACAGGGCACCACGAGCAGCAACAUGCCUCCUACGUGCAAACGCGAAGGUGCACGCCUACGCGGGCGCCAACAGCCUGCUCCACCAAGCCGCAAGGAGGGGCAGCACCACGUGGGUCAAACUGCUCGCCAGAGCGGGUUUGGCGCUUCGAAGCCAGGACGAACGAGGAUGCCUACCAGUAGAAGUACGGCAGCGUUUGCCCACCUUCCAACAACGCUACCGGCUAAAGCGAAGCCUCUGCAUCACGGCAACAGCCGAUGGCGCCACUGCAGCAGCGAGUCGGCGCGGAGCCGCAUGCGACUAA